GCUGUUCUUCACUGUAGACUCUGGUCCCACUCUCUCUUCUUCUUCCUCCCCUGUCUCUCUCUCCAAAAUAAUUUUUUAUUUAACAAAAAAUAAAAGGUAUUUCCCGUUUCUCUUCUCAUUUCCUCUCGUUUUCCUUCUCUUAUAAAUCUGUACGCGGAACACAAAUCCCAACUUUUCUCUCUUGAGAGAGGGAUAGAAAGCUGUAGGAGUAGCAGUUUUGUUUGUCUCAGUUGCUGUUGGCUAAAGCGAUGCCGGCUUGGUGGGGAAAAAAGACCUCGAAGAACAAGGAAGAGAAGCAGCAGGAUAACUUACAUGGGAAAAAUGAUGUUAGCAAGAAGAAGAGCAGUAAAGACAAGCCUAAGAGUUUUGAUGAGGUUGUUUUGACCCGGAAUUCUCCACGUGGGAGCAAGGAUUUUGCUGGUGGGUCAUCUGGGUUUUCGGGUUUUGAUUCGGAUUCAAUUGAGAAGAGAGGGCUUCCACUGCCUACGCCUUCUGGGCAUGGAAGUGAUCAUGGGAUUGGUGGGGUCGGGUUGGGAUCUGGGUCGGCUUCUGGUACUUCAAGUGUUAGCUCUUCUGGGUCUUCUGGUGAAGAUCAUCCGAUUUCAAAUGAUCAUCACAGUAAUCUGUUUGGUGGUUACAGGUCAUCUGGUGAUCACAGAGGAUAUGGUGAUAUAAGGUUCAAUACAAGGUCAAGGAGCCCAGGUCCAGGAUCAAGAAGCCCUGGUCCAGGAUCUAGAAGCCCUGGUCCGGGAUCUAGAAGCCCUGGUCCAGCAUCAAGAGGGGCCAGCAGGUCUGCUUCACCUCUUCAUCCACUUCUGGGGGGUAUGAGUCUAGAGUCUCCAACGGGAAGGCUAGAUGAUGGGAAAAGUCAAUGUCAUCCUUUGCCUCUUCCACCUGGUUCUCCAACGAGCCCUCCUUCCUUGCCAGGCACAAGAACUCCAGUAGUAACUGAAAAUACUGCAGUUGCAGUGUCAAAAUGGAAGAAAGGAAAGCUCCUGGGAAGGGGAACUUUUGGACAUGUUUACCUUGGAUUUAACAGUGAGAGUGGGCAGAUGUGUGCAAUAAAAGAAGUCAAAGUUGUUUCUGAUGAUCAGACGUCAAAAGAAUGUCUUAAGCAACUGAACCAGGAGAUAAAUUUGCUCAGUCAGCUUUCACAUUCAAACAUCGUGCGUUAUUAUGCAAGUGAACUGAGUGAUGAAACGCUUUCAGUUUAUUUAGAGUAUGUCUCUGGUGGUUCAAUUCAUAAACUGCUUCAGGAAUAUGGUGCCUUUAAGGAACCAGUUAUUCAAAAUUAUACCAGGCAAAUCCUUUCUGGGCUUGCCUAUUUGCAUGGAAGAAAUACUGUCCACAGGGAUAUCAAAGGGGCUAACAUAUUAGUAGAUCCUAAUGGUGAAAUCAAGCUGGCGGACUUUGGCAUGGCUAAACAUAUUACAUCUUGCUCUUCAAUGCUUUCAUUCAAGGGCAGUCCUUAUUGGAUGGCACCUGAGGUUGUAAUGAAUACAAAUGGCUACAGUCUCGCAGUAGAUAUAUGGAGCUUGGGAUGUACAAUUCUUGAAAUGGCAACUUCAAAGCCACCAUGGAGUCAGUAUGAAGGGGUUGCUGCAAUAUUUAAAAUUGGAAACAGCAAAGACAUGCCCGAUAUACCUGAUCACCUGUCAAACGAUGCAAAAAGUUUUAUAAAGUUGUGCCUGCAGCGGGAUCCAUCAGCACGCCCUACAGCUUCACAAUUGCUGGACCACCCUUUCAUCCGGGAUCAAGCAACAACAAGGGUUGUUAACAUCAACAUAACUAGGGAUGCUUUUCCAUACACUUUUGAUGGAAGCCGUACACCGCCCGUGUUGGAUCUUCACUCAAAUAGGUCAGAUGGAGAUUAUGCAAUGAAACAAAUAGUCACUAAUACAAGAGCAUUGAAGAACACAAGGGAUGAUGUAAGAAUGAUCACGUCUUUGCCUGUGUCCCCUUGUUCUAGCCCUUUGCGACAUUAUGGACCCGCGCACAAGAGUUGUUUCCUUUCGCCGCCACACCCAACGUAUGCAUUGGUAGGGCAAAGUGGCUACAACUUGAGUGACUACUCAUUAUAUUCUACAAGACCAAACACAAUAUAUACUCAUGAUCCUGGUUUUGAAAACUCUAUAUUAAAAGCGCAAACGCCUGGCGCAUCACCGAGAACAAGACCCAUUUAAGUGUAAAUACCAGGACAAAUACAUUUUAUUCUCUCCUUGCUCAUAAUCAGGUUAUGGUUUUCCUCAUCACUUCAGUGAAGUUGGUGGGAUUCCUUUCUCGCCCAGCAGAACGUUGAAGGGAAGAAACUUUUGGCGCUAGGAGUAAAAUGCUGGAUUUGUUUGAUCUGACGGGAAUCUAUCGGGGAUUGUUGUAAAUUGACCAGUGGGUCUGUGUGUGUAACAUUGAUGCUGUAAUCCAGUAAAUUUGAUAAGAGCAUUGCUUAUACCAACGAUUCUGGUUAGAUAAUGAAAAUAUGUGGUUUAGGCUCUUUCUGAA